AUGUUUCUCAAACAAAAUACUAAUAUUGCUUUGUUGCUAUGCUGCUGCUGCAUGCUCUCCCUCCCUCUCUCCCUCUCCGCCAUCCCGAUCCCGGUCCACGGCCACUUCACGUUCGACGGGAACGAAUUCGCGGCCCGUGAUUUCGGAAACCAGCUCCAUUCCCUUCCCUGGGCGGUCCUCCACCCCAAGAAGGUCUCCGACGUGGCGGCCACCGUGAAGCACGUCUGGCAGAUGGGCCCAGCCGCUGCCCCAACGGUGGCGGCCAGGGGCCACGGCCACUCCCUGCUGGGGCAGGCGCAGGCGCCGCAGGGGAUCGUGAUCAACAUGGAAUCCCUGCGCGGCGAGAUGCAGGUGAUCAAGGGGAAGUCCCCCUAUGUGGAUGCCCCCGCCGGAGAGCUCUGGAUCAAUGUGCUCCACCACUGCCUCAAACACGGCCUCGCCCCCAAAUCGUGGACCGACUACCUCCAUCUCACCGUCGGAGGCACCUUGUCCAAUGCCGGGAUCAGCGGCCAGGCAUUCCGGCACGGCCCUCAAAUCAGUAAUGUCCACCAGGUCGAGGUCAUCACAGGGAAAGGGGAAGUGGUGGUUUGCUCUCAAGACAAGAAUACUGACCUCUUCCACAGCGUUCUUGGCGGCCUCGGCCAGUUCGGGAUCAUAACCAGAGCAAGAAUCUCCCUCGAGCCAGCGCCUAAGAUGGUGAAAUGGAUCAGAGUUCUGUACUCGGAUUUCCACACCUUCGCGAGAGACCAAGAGCGACUGAUAUCCGCGGAGAAGACAUUCGACUACAUAGAAGGUCAGGUGAUCGUGAACCGGACGGACCUAUUCAACAACUGGCGAUCAUCAUUCGACCUCGAGGAUACUGAUCAAGCCAACCAGUUUGUGUCAGAUGGGAGGACUCUCUUCUGCCUUGAGCUCACCAAGAACUUCAAUCCUGGUGAAGAAGCUGCCAUAGAUAAGGAAAUAAAAUCGUUACUAUCUGAAUUAAGCUACAUCCCAUCAACAAUGUUUGUGACAGAAACUUCAUAUGUGGAAUUCUUGGACAGGGUCCACACAGCAGAGCUUAAACUGAGAUCAAAAGGGCUGUGGGAUCUCCCACACCCAUGGCUGAAUCUCCUCGUCCCCCGCAGUAAAAUCCAGACCUUCGCCGACGGCGUCUUCGGCAACAUUCUCACCGACACCAACAACGGCCCAGUUCUCAUCUACCCAGUCAAUAAAUCAAAAUGGGACAACAGAACGUCAUUCGUGAUGCCGGAUGAGGACGUGUUCUACCUGGUGGCGUUCCUACCCCACGCGGCGGAGAGCGAGGAGCUGCAGAAUCUGCUGAAUCAGAACAGGAGAAUCUUGAAUUUCUGCGAUUUGGCGGAGUUGGGAGUGAAGCAGUAUCUGCCGCACUACAAAACGCAGGAGGAAUGGCGGGCCCAUUUCGGGGCGAGGUGGGAGAUCUUUGAGCAGAGGAAAUCGGCCUACGAUCCUCUGGCGAUUCUAGCGCCGGGGCAGAGGAUUUUCCAGAAAUCGAUAUCGAUUUUAUGACCGAAAAGAGGAAAACGAUGACAAUAGAAGGCAACAGUUUUCAGCUGUAAAAGCUGAAUUUGGGAUUAAAUAUUUGUAUAUUUAUUUAGAUAUAAUUAUCGUUAUUUUUUUAUGCCUUUUCUGAUCUUGGAAGAAAACAAUUGUAAAGUAUGAAAGGGGGAAAUUACUUUAUUUCGAAAAGAUAUAAAUUAUGGGAUACUAUUAUUUAAA